UCUGUUGAGUUCUGUUAGUGUAGCAUGAGCAUUUCCCGUUUUACCAGAGAAGGAGGAUUUGUUCGGCCUGGUGAAGCUUCAGAAGGAAGGUGUUUAACGAAAUUGGUAUUGUUAAAUAUUUCACGACUCGAGGAACAGGAUACAAUGAGCUUCCGAGGAAAGGUCUUUAAACGGGAGGCCAGUGAAUUUCGGAAGAAGAGACGAACAGUGAGGAGAAUAAAUCAAGAAGAAAUCCACAGAUUUACCUCUCAGGAAAAGCCCAGACUUCUCGAGCCUUUGGAUUAUGAAACCGUCAUUGAAGAACUUGAAAAGACCUACCGGAAUGAUCCCCUUCGAGAUCUCCUGUUCUUCCCCAGUGACGACUUUUCAACGGCCACCGUGUCUUGGGAUAUCCGCACACUGUACUCAACGGUACCCGAAGACGCAGAACACAAAGCAGAAAAUUUGCUGGUGAAAGAGGCUUGUAAAUUUUAUAGCUCCCAGUGGUAUGUGGUAAACUACAAAUAUGAACAAUAUUCUGGAGACUUCCGACAGUUACCCCGAGCAGAAUACAAACCAGAGAAACUUCCUUCACAUUCCUUUGAGGUGGACCAUGAAGACGCUGAUAAGGAUGAAGAUACCACCUCCCACUCAUCUUCUAAGGGCGGUGGGGGAGCUGGAGGAACCGGAGUUUUCAAGUCUGGCUGGCUCUACAAGGGGAAUUUCAAUAGCACCGUGAACAAUACCGUUACUGUUCGGUCAUUCAAAAAGCGCUACUUCCAGCUGACUCAGUUGCCAGAUAACUCCUACAUCAUGAAUUUUUACAAAGAUGAAAAGAUAUCCAAAGAGCCCAAAGGCUGCAUCUUUUUGGAUUCCUGUACAGGUGUGGUGCAGAAUAACAGACUAAGAAAAUAUGCUUUUGAAUUGAAAAUGAAUGACCUAACCUAUUUUGUGCUGGCGGCUGAAACAGAGUCAGAUAUGGAUGAAUGGAUCCACACCCUGAACCGCAUCCUGCAAAUCAGUCCUGAGGGGCCACCUCAGGGGAGGAGGAGCACGGAGCUUGCAGAUCUGGGGCUGGAUUCGCUGGAUAAUUCUGUAACUUGUGAAAGCACACCAGAGGAAACAGAGUCUUCAGAGAACAGCCUACACCCAGACUUCGCAAAAUACCUCACAGAAACUGAAGAGACUGUCAAAACGACUCGAAAUACGGAGAGGUUAAAUCUGUUCUCGCUGGAUCCAGAUAUAGAUACCUUGAAACUUCAGAAAAAGGACCUUUUCGAACCCGACCUUGGGAUCAAACCAUUUGAAGAAAAAGCCGCCAAGAGGAUCAUGAUCAUUUGUAAAGCUCUCAACUUAAAUCUUCAGGGAUGUGUUACGGAGAAUGAGAAUGACCCAAUAACGAAUAUUGAGCCUUUUUUUGUGAGUGUGGCACUUUAUGACCUCAGAGACUGCAGGAAGAUUUCUGCGGAUUUUCAUGUGGAUCUAAAUCACACUGCUGUCAGACAGAUGCUCUCAGGGGCUUCCGUGGCUUUGGAAAAUGGAAACAUUGACACUGUUUCCCCAAGACAAUCAGAAGAACCUCAUGUCAAGGGAUUUCCAGAGGAAUGGCUAAAAUUUCCAAAGCAGGCUAUAUUUUCUGUAAGCAAUCCACAUUCUGACAUUGUUUUGGUGGCCAAAAUCGAAAAAGUACUGAUGGGGAACAUUGCAAGUGGUGCUGAACCUUAUAUUAAAAAUCCGGACUCCAACAAGUAUGCACAAAAGAUACUGAAAUCCAACAGGCAGUUCUGCAGCAAGUUGGGGAAGUACCACAUGCCGUUUGCUUGGGCAGUAAGAUCAGUAUUUAAGGACAACCAGGGAAAUGUGGACAGAGACUCAAGAUUUUCACCAUUGUAUAGACAAGAAAGUAGCAAGAUUUCAAGCGAGGACCUGCUAAAACUAGUGUCAGAUUACAGAAGGCCUGACAGAAUAAGCAAAACGCAGACCAUCCCUGGAAGCCUGGAUAUUGCUGUGGACAACAUUCCUUUGGAGCAUCCAAACUGUGUAACAUCGUCCUUUAUCCCUGUCAAGCCUUUCGAUGUGACGGCUCAACCAGAACCCACGGUGGAGGUGGAAGAAUUUGUUUACGACUCAACAAAGUAUUGUCGUCCUUAUAGAGUAUACAAAAAUCAAAUUUACAUUUACCCCAAGCACCUCAAGUAUGAUAGCCAGAAAUGUUUCAACAAGGCUCGAAACAUAACCGUGUGCGUUGAAUUCAAAAACUCCGACGAAGAAGGUGCCAAGCCCGUGAAGUGUAUUUAUGGAAAACCUGGAGGGCCUCUCUUCACCUCAGCUGCCCACACAGCAGUUCUGCACCAUUCCCAGAAUCCGGAUUUCUCUGACGAGGUGAAAAUCGAGCUCCCAACACAGCUCCAUGAGAAACACCAUAUUUUGUUUUCUUUUUAUCACAUCACUUGUGACAUAAAUGCCAAGGCUAACGCCAAGAAAAAGGAGACUCUGGAAACAUCAGUUGGGUAUGCUUGGCUUCCCCUGAUGAGACAUGAUCAGAUCGCUUCUCAAGAGUACAAUAUCCCAAUAGCAACAAGCCUGCCUCCUAAUUAUUUAAGCGUUCAAGAUUCUGCGAGUGGGAAGCAUGGCGGGAGUGACAUUAAGUGGGUCGACGGUGGAAAGCCGCUCUUCCGAGUGUCAACAUUUGUGGUGUCCACAGUGAAUACUCAGGAUCCCCACGUGAACGCGUUUUUCCGACAGUGCCAAAAAAGGGAGAAAGAUAUGUCUCAGUCGCCUACCUCGAAUUUCAUCCGCUCUUGUAAGAACUUACUGAAUGUGGAAAAGAUUCACACAAUCAUGAGUUUUCUGCCUAUAAUCUUGAAUCAGCUGUUCAAGGUGCUGGUGCAGAACGAGGAAGACGAAAUAAGUACAGCCGUGACCAGGGUUCUGACCGACAUCGUGGCCAAGUGCCAUGAGGAACAGCUGGACCACUCCAUCCAGUCGUACAUUAAGUUCGUGUUCAAGACCAGGGCAUGCAAGGAGAGAACUAUACAUGAGGAGCUGGCUAAAAAUGUGACUGGUCUUUUGAAAUCCAAUGACACCCCAACAGUAAAGCAUGUCCUCAAGCAUUCUUGGUUCUUCUUUGCAAUUAUCCUCAAAUCAAUGGCACAGCACUUGAUUGACACAAAUAAAAUUCAGCUUUCUCGGACUCAAAGAUUUCCUGAAUCUUACCAGAAUGAAUUGGACAAUCUUGUAAUGGUCCUAUGCGAUCACGUGAUUUGGAAGUACAAAGAUGCACUUGAAGAGACAAGAAGGGCAAAUCAAAGCGUUGCCAGAUUUCUUAAGCGCUGUUUUACAUUUAUGGACCGGGGCUUUGUAUUUAAGAUGGUUAACAAUUACAUCAGCAUGUUCUCCUCUGGUGAUCUCAAGACCUUAUGCCAGUAUAAAUUUGAUUUUCUUCAAGAAGUAUGUCAGCAUGAGCACUUUAUUCCUUUGUGUCUCCCCAUAAGAUCGGCAAACAUUCCAGAUCCCUCGACGCCUUCAGAAUCAACUCAAGAGUUACAUGCAUCAGAUAUGCCUGAAUAUUCGGUCACGAAUGAAUUUUGCCGCAAACACUUCUUAAUUGGAAUUCUACUUCGAGAAGUUGGCUUUGCCCUGCAAGAAGACCAGGACAUCAGGCACUCAGCUUUAGCUGUCUUAAAAAAUCUAAUGGCUAAGCAUUCCUUUGAUGAUCGAUACAGAGAACCCGAGAAACAGGCCCAGAUAGCAAGUCUAUACAUGCCCCUGUAUGGCAUGCUUCUGGACAAUAUGCCAAGGAUUUACCUGAAGGACUUAUAUCCUUUUACCGUCAACACAUCCAAUCAAGGGUCUAGAGAUGACCUCAGCACCAAUGGAGGAUUUCACAGCCAGUCGGCUAUGAAACAUGCAAAUUCUGUGGAUACGUCAUUUUCUAAAGAUGUUUUAAAUUCCAUAGCAGCAUUUUCAUCAAUAGCUAUUUCUACAGUAAACCAUGCUGACUCCAGAGCAUCUCUGGCAAGUCUUGACUCCAACCCAAGCACCAAUGAGAAGAGCAGCGAGAAAACAGACAACUGCGAAAAGAUCCCUAGACCCUUGUCUUUGAUAGGGUCAACCCUUCGAUUUGACAAGUUAGAUCAAGCAGAAACCAGGAGCCUUCUCAUGUGCUUUCUUCACAUUAUGAAGACAAUUUCAGAGGAGACGCUGAUUGCCUACUGGCAAAGAGCACCCAGUCCAGAGGUGUCUGACUUCUUCAGCAUCUUGGAUGUUUGUCUUCAGAAUUUCAGAUACCUAGGAAGACGCAAUAUAAUAAGGAAAAUUGCUGCAGCAUUUAAAUUUGUGCAGUCCACCCAGAACAAUGGAACUCUCAAAGGCUCUAACCCUUCCUGCCAAACAUCAGGUCCCUUGCCACAAUGGAUGCAUACCACGUCCGCUCAUGAAGGACAUAAGCAGCACCGAUCACAAACUUUACCGAUAAUUCGAGGCAAAAAUGCACUUUCUAAUCCCAAACUUUUACAGAUGUUAGACAAUACCAUGUCCAGCAACUCCAAUGAAAUAGACAUCAUGUACCAUGUGGACACAGAGGCCAAUAUAGCUACAGAGGUGUGCCUGACUAUCCUAGACCUGCUAUCACUCUUCACCCAGACUCACCAGAGACAACUCCAACAAUCUGAAUGUCAAAAUUCCAUGAUGAAAAGGGUCUUUGACACCUACAUGGUCUUUUUCCAAGUCAACCAGUCAGCCACAGCGCUGAAGCACGUGUUUGCCUCCUUGAGACUGUUUGUUUGCAAGUUUCCUUCAGCGUUCUUUCAAGGGCCUGCCGACCUGUGUGGAUCCUUCUGCUAUGAAGUCCUAAAAUGCUGUAACCACAGGUCACGGUCAACUCAGACAGAAGCAUCAGCCCUUCUCUACUUUUUCAUGAGGAAGAAUUUUGAAUUUAACAAGCAGAAGUCAAUUGUCCGGUCCCACUUACAACUUAUCAAGGCUGUAAGCCAGCUAAUCGCCGAUGCUGGGAUUGGAGGCUCUCGGUUUCAGCAUUCCCUUGCAAUUACCAACAAUUUUGCUAAUGGAGACAAGCAGAUGAAAAACAGCAACUUCCCAGCAGAGGUGAAAGAUCUGACAAAACGUAUAAGGACUGUUUUGAUGGCCACAGCUCAGAUGAAGGAGCAUGAGAAGGACCCCGAGAUGCUGGUGGAUCUCCAGUACAGUCUGGCAAACUCCUAUGCAAGCACCCCUGAGCUGCGCAGGACCUGGCUGGAAAGCAUGGCCAAGAUUCACGCAAGAAACGGCGACUUAUCCGAGGCCGCGAUGUGUUACAUCCAUAUAGCUGCCCUCAUUGCGGAAUACCUGAAAAGAAAAGGUUACUGGAAAAUGGAAAAGAUUUGCACACCACCCCUGCUCCCGGAGGAUACCCAUCCCUGUGAUAACUACCCAUUACUAACAGCUCCCAGCGGAGGAAGCAUGUUCUCUAUGGGCUGGCCAGCUUUUCUGAGCAUUACACCAAAUAUUAAAGAAGAAGGAGCAAUGAAAGAAGAUUCGGGAAUGGAAGACACACCGUACAAUGAGAAAAUCCUGGUGGAGCAGCUCUACCUGUGUGCGGAGUUUCUUUGGAAGUCUGAGCGAUAUGAACUCAUCGCUGACGUCAACAAACCCAUCAUCGCUGUCUUUGAGAAGCAGAGAGACUUCAAGAAAUUAUCAGAUCUCUACUACGACAUUCAUCGGUCGUACCUAAAAGUUGCAGAGGUGGUGAACUCAGAGAAGAGGCUGUUCGGUCGCUACUAUCGUGUAGCCUUUUACGGGCAGGCUGUGAUUCCUCAAUAACGUGUGCUGACUGUGCACUUGGUUUUUUUCUCUUUUAACGCUGCCAGUAUUCUCAAGUGUCUUUCAUUAAAAGUUCCAACCUAAGCUUAAACGUGUUUUGGAAAAUCUGCAGACCUGGGUACAUGCCUAAGCGUGGUACUUUCUAAGCCCAAACCCCAGCCCCCUUUGAACAAAACCUAAUGGAGGUCAUCUUGAUACACGGCAGUGUAGAGCCUCGUUCAUCACUGUUCAGAUGAAAUUCAAAAAGCUGUCCCAGGACCCCAAGUGGAGAGUGUGAACAUGUCUUGAACAGGAGCGGACAGGGCACAUCACUUCACACUUGAUGAUGAAGAGAUACUAACUCGAUUUGAACAUUUCCCUGAACGUGCGCAGAAUGAAAGUUCUAAAGAUCUAAGAUAAAGUCUUAACUACUUGAUUAGCAUAAUCCCCGUAGUCAGAAAUAAUUUCUUUUUCAUGAUGACACUUUAUGUCCCUGUAAAAUUCAUCUUUUAAUAUCCAAAUUGGCAUGUCUUGCAAUCAUGUUACAAAGAUUAUGGGAAUAUGAUAUGCUAUAGGCUCUUUGCCUCCCUAAGGCCUUCUGGUAAAUAUUUUAGCGUCCCGUGUGGGUAGUGCUUUCAUCACAUGGUAUUGGCUAGUGUAGUUAUUAUGUCUGCAAGGAGGCAGAUAAUAGAAAACAAGUUGGAAACUCCUUUUUUCAUGGCGGGGGCCUUAAGAACGCAAGUCUUGCAUAACACGGAUUUUCAAAUGCAACACCUGACGUCAUUGACUGUGGAAAUUUUACAUAGAGCGGCCUAUAUAAAGCACCCUCCAGAGUGUCCCUGAUGUAUUCAUUUCCAGACUGAUGAAACAGCAGUAGUGAUCAAACACCACCUGUAAUCAAUGAAAUACUUAGGCCCUGACAUUUAGCGUGAAAGCAAGCAAGUGGAAUACCCAUUGCAUAACUUAGAAUAUCAGCCAGAUGCUCUUGGAAUGUAUAAAUGAAAGGCUUGGGGACUGUUUAUGCCAUUGGCCAAAAGAUACAGAUUUCGAGGUUCCCCAUCUUGCCUGCAUGGGUGUAGAUGUGUCUCAGAAACUUGACAGAAAAGAGAUUAAGAGGAGGAGAGAAGGCGGAUGUGUAGUUUGAAAAACCACCUUCUGGUCGUGUGCUACACCCUUCUGGCUCCCCAUGUAUAUGAAAGUCAUUGAUAUAGAAUGUAUUUUUAAUACAUAUAAUUUGUGUUUAAAACAUAUAGAGAUCUAUCUUUAACACAUAUGUAUUUAAAAUAUAUAUUGAGAGAGAGGUUUGUAUUUCUAUGAAAAUGUUUGUCUGCAUUCUUGUAGCUUAGCUUAGCAUUCAGCCUUUUAAUACUUUCGGACCCACAUUUAUACACGAGGUUCCUCUUUGAAUGCAUUCCUUUGCUUGUGAACUUCAAAAUACUUAAGUAGAAUAGCAGGGGCACUUAUAUUUGACAUUCCCCGUAAUGAUGCAGGGGCUUUGUGGAUUCUGAAGAAUCUUCAGAAACAUCUAAUAAGGAGUCAAUUUUAGUUACCAGUGCCACUGAAGUAUAUUUUUAUCAUCAUCUAUUGCCUGCACGUUUCGUAACUCAUGGUUGUUAACUGCGCUGAUUCAGAGUCCUUGUUUAACCGGAAUAUGUGCCGUUUCCUCACAACGACUGCUCAGAAUAUGUAUCGCAUUGUACCGUGACAUUUAGAAAGUCAAACUAGCCAGGGAAAUGCAGAGAUUACAUUUCCCAUUGCCACGAAAGGCAGUUUACUCGUAACCUUGGGGCGGAAGCAAAAGACAAACGACCCCUGGGUUGUCAUCACCUGUGCCCCUACUGAUGAAUCAUUUAUUUCAGAGAGCUAGAAAUUGAAAACUUCCCUAAGACAGUGUCCUGUGGCUCAGUGGGCUAUGCUUUGAUAGUUUCUCUGGGUAAAAGGUAAGCACACGUUCCUCCUAUUUUCAGAACUGCCAUUGAGCUGGCUCCAGAAGCUCUUGCGUGAUCCCCAGAAGACGGCAGAUGAAAUUUUUAAUUCUUGCACUCCAGCUUCUUUCUACUUCUUACAGAAAAUAGUCCCAACAGGUGUCUAUUUUCAGGCCAAAUGAGUAAAUAAUCACAAUUUCUUUCUGAUCAGUCACUCACCAAGAUAUUGAAAUCAGCGUCAAUAGACCUUUCAUAUAAUAAGGAAAACUGUAGUUGCCGUGCAGAGCAGCUGAAGAUGUGUAUUUUUAAGCACUCCACACUCAGUGAAGCUGUUUUCCCUGCAUGCCAGUCAGAGCUCAGAUUGCUCUGCUGACACGGAAUGUUUUUCUUUGUUAUUGCUGUCCUCCUCAUCAGCACUGACACACACCAAGGGCCUAUUGUGUACCAGGCACUGUUCUUGGGGCCUCCCACUAGACUUCUGAGUCUGUACUGUUUCCAUCAUGCAGAUCAAGGAGCAGGGAUGAAAGGAAGUCACAGGUCAUGACUGAGACCAGAGCCAACGGUCAGAGUAAUGACAAUAAAAUCCUGCUUCCCACCUCUCCUUUGCUGCUAACGCUGGCCUCAGAAAUUUGUCAGUGGAGAAAAAUUCACAGUGAAAAUGUCUCUUUGUGCUAGUUUUCACAGCGUGGUGAGAAAAUCUUUUCCUGAAACUUGGAGACAUUUUUCUUAUUGAAAAGGAAGUUGCAAAUGUGGCUGUAGCGAUUGCCCUGUGGGGGUUCUGGUUGAUGGCCUCAGAAGUCCUGUUUCUCUGAUGUGUCAGUCUGUCGAUUUUAGCCACUAACUUCUGACCUUGAAUCAGACAAGUCUUCACAAAGACAGAGACAGAAAAAUCAUGGCAGGCUGGAAGCCAUGUGGGAACCGGGCCAGACCUCACUACCCCUACCAACUCUUGAGGAAUGACGGUGAAGCACAUUUUGUGCUUUCAAUACUCUAAGUCACUUUUUUUUAGCAGUUUGGGGUCAGGGGACUCCUAUAUUCAGCUGCGUGUGGUCUUGACCAUUCUUUAAAAAAAAAUCGUUCACUAAAAACAUCUUUCUUAGAAUCCAUGGAAUCUUUUCCAGUUAUACCCGGUGCAAAUACACAUCUUUAAGAUGUAUGCCCUCUAAGAACUAUUUCGUUCAUCUGCGUAUUCAUUCAACGAAGGUAGAGUGAAAUUCCCCUAAAGACCAGGCUCUGUGUUAAACACUGAACAUGUACUGUUGGACAAGACACUUCUCUGCCUUUGAAAAGCCCAAAGUCAGUUCUGGAAACGCACAAGGAAACAGGCGAUUACCUGCUUGACAAGAACUCUGCUGAUGAACGAGUUCAUCGUCUUCAGUUACAGCCCAUUUACGAAACGAAGUAUCCUGUUCAUAUGGUCAGACUUAACCUGGCAAAAGUGCUUUGCAAGCUUAAAGCACCAUAUGGUUGUGCAUUUUAAUCCUUACUCUUAGAUCAGUCACCUCACGUUAGCCAAAAGUACAACAUUAGAAUGCUUGCUGCGUGUGUUUUUUACAUACAAUGAAUUUUUCUUUUUUUAGUCAGAAAUGAUAAAAGCAGAAAAAGUACAGCUAAGAUUCUUUCUGACCUCCGGAUCUUCACCUGGCCCUCAAAAGCCGUUUUCAUGAGGUAAACUGUGCAGUCAGGAGAAACCGUGAGAGCCUAGGUUCUUAACUCCCCACUUAAUCCAGUAUUCUGAGGCCACAUGCAUUCCACAGGAAAGAUGAUGCUGUGUCUCUUCAAAGAGAAGGAGAUGUGAAGAUUGCCUCACUUCGUUAUCCUCGGAUGAUAGAAUCUUACCUUCCCCCCCCCUCCCCCCCGUUUCAAACCAGACAAAUAAAAUUAACAGAGGCUGAAACCUACUUGCUCCUAUGGCAUAAACAUGAUGGCAUGGUUACUGUUUUCGAUCCCCUAUUUUAGCUUUGCAGGAUUGUAAAAGACCUAUUAGCAAAGUAAAUGGAAUAAUGAAAUUGCAUAUGCUUGCAUCGGGCGUCUGAAGACAUAUCACAGUUCUUUUUAAAAUAGCAGCACUUGGGAACAUACCUACCAUAUGUCAUUCCUGUUAAGACAACGAUCCAGAGAAUUAUGGCUUUGCAUCUGACGUGAUGUGGGGUGCAUAUCGACUCGUACCUCUAGGUACGUUUACAUGACAUACAGAGUUUUCCUCUGCUCGUGCCAAAGGCAUGAAGAAGGCCUUAUGAAAAAGGCCAAAAAUUACUCCAGACUCUGUGUUCUACCCCAGGCUGCCACAUGAGGGCAUUCUUCUCCUAAAAUACAUGCAAGCAGGUGUAACCACGGAUUUCUACAAACAGAGAAAACAGGUGUAAGGUUAUCUCAGGAGGGUCUUUGGCCUGGUGGGGAGUGUUUCAUUAUUGACUGAUUCCAACGUGAUAUUUUUUUUCUUUACGUUACUUUUUCUUUCAAUUUCAUAGGGUGCUGAUCCAUGGCUUGGAUAACAACCGAAGACUGGAUAUAUUAUUUAAGUAAUUAGCUUUUGUUUGUGUUUGUGAUUUGCAGUUGGAGUGCCCUAAUAAAACUGGUGGUUCGUUGUGCAUUUCCCAUAG